AUGAGUGAAAGAAGAAGCUGGUCUUUGAGUGACAGCAAUGCAAGAUGGCAGCCACCACAUGCUCAGACAAUUUAUGAAAACCGAAUACACAGUCUUAAAAUAGAAUGUGGACCUAAAUACCCAGAAGCACCCUUCUUUGUAAGAUUUUCCACAAAAAAUGAUAUGAAUGGAAUUAAUAGUUCUAAUGGAGUGGUGGGCCCAAGAGCUGUAUCAACCAGCAAAUGGUGGAAUUCAUAAAGCAUCAAAGUUGUCCUGCAGAAGCUUCAGUGCCUAAUGAUGGCUAAAGAAAAUAUGAAAUUCCCUCAACCACUGGAAGGACAGUGUUACAGCAAUUAA